AUGGCUGCUGCUGCUGCUGAAGAUGAUGAAGUUGAGGUUGAAGUUGACAAGUUGUUCGGAUGUCGAAGGUUGGAGUUUCUGGCCAUCAAAAUAGGCUCCGCACGUGACCACUUUAAUUCCAUAGCGGAUAAAGUAUGUUUUGCGGCACUACUAUCUUCCGUAGAGACAUAG